AUGGAUGAGAAUCGACCUUUAUUUUAUUUGGCACCAAUGGUCAGAUAUUCAAAGUAAGUUUGAAGUGAAAAGAAACUCGACAAUACGCAUAAAUAUCAUUUUUAGGCUAGCAUUCCGACAACUUGUGCGAUUAUACGAUGUUGAUGUGUGUUAUACCCCAAUGAUUUAUGCAAAGAAUUUCCUAGAAUCUGAAAAAUGUCGGAAUUCUGAAUUGACAGUUUGUGAAGGAGAUUCUCCACUGAUUGUGCAGUUUGCAACGGAUGAUCCGAUUAUUAUGGCAGAUGCUGCGGAAAUGGUGUAUGGGUAAGUUAAAAAAUAAUUUAUCAGCAAAAAUUUUCAAGUAGCGUGAAUUCAGAAUAUCAACGGGGAUAGAUUUGAAUUGUGGAUGUCCUAAACAUGACGUGAGAUCGAAAGGAUUUGGAAGCGCUUUAUUAUCGAAACCCGAACUUUUAGCAGAUAUGGUUAAGCAAACAAGAGCAAGGAUAUCAGAUAGCAGUUUUUCAGUAUCCUUAAAAAUUCGGAUAAAUCAUAACAUUGAAAAAACCGUGGAUUUAUGCAGAAAAGUGAGAAUUUUAAAAGGAAUUUCCUGUUUUUCCAAAAGCACUUUUUGAAGGCGGAAGCUGCUGGAGUAACACAUUUAACAGUUCAUGGAAGGACACCUUCACAACACGCUGAACCUAUUGAUGUAGAAGCAAUUCGAAUUGUAAAAAGUUCAGUGACAGUUCCGAUUAUUGCAAAUGGUGGAAUUUCGACAAGAAAAGAAGCUUUGGAAUUGGCUGAAAUGACGGGAGUUGAUGGAAUUAUGGUCGCAAAUGGAUUGUUGAAUAAUCCUGCACUUUUUGCUGGUUUUGAAUAUACGCCGAGGGAUUGUGUUGAGAAUUUUGUGAGUUUUUUUGUUGACUUUGGGACAAAAAUGGGGGGUGGGGAGAACAUUUAGAACAACCCAGAAAAACAUUUUCAGUUCACAAAUCUUUGCAAUAAAAUUUCAGAAGAAAAAUAGAUUUUGAACCUUUCCCGAAAAUAAGUUUUUCAGAAAUUCGAAAAAAAUUGACCUCAAUUCAUCUUUUUCGUAGUUCAUAAAAUCACGAGCUUUUGAAAUUGUUCAACUUUGCCACGUCAUAACUAAAAUUAGAAGUAGAAUUUUGCAGACAACGGUAUCUGUUUACUACUAGAAACUUAUAUUUCAAUAAAAAAUCUCAUAUUUUCUUCACUGCAUGCUCUCCAAACUUUAAUUUGAUCUACCUACAAGUAGUUGCGCGAAAAAUUCCUUGCAUAAUUUUUUUUCAUUUUCAAUUUUUUUUCGAUUUUCACACGAGAGAUCAUGUGAAUCGAGGAGAGAUUAGAACUAGGAAGGAUUCUGUAGGGUACAAAAGAACGUUUAUUUUUCCCCUUUUUUUCUGGAAAAUCCGCGGUGUGCCUUUUUUCAUUCAAUUCAAUAUAUUUUUUUCCAGAUGAGAUUAUCGAAAGUGCACGGUCUCGAUUGGCUUCUCUACCAUCAACAUCUUCAAUAUAUGCUUCGACCUGUUCUAACACCAUCACAACGGCGGAUAUUCAACGAAUUAAAUGGUAGAUUAUCGAUUGAUUCGUUUUUGAAGAAUGUUGUAUUGUGA